UUAUGCAUCUUCCACUCUGCUCCUGCAAACAAAGAAAGAUGAAAAAAAGCACACCACUAUUUCUAUGGUGUCACGCGUUUCCACUAACAAAAGAAGGUUCAGCGGCCCAAAAUUCAAUGAAAUGGACACCAAUUAAGGGAAGUGGACUGAGCAAUUUAAUUAUGGUUAUAAAUACUAUGAUGUUAUGCGAAUUCAAGUAGUAAUUAAGCAAGACGAGAGAAAGUUAUAGAACAAUGGAAGGGUUAUGGCUGGUUGUUAUGGUGAUUUUUGUUAUGGCUUUGUCUGUGGAAAGCCAAUUGAAAACAGGGUUUUAUUCUUCUUCAUGUCCGAAAGCUGAGGCCAUAGUUAGGUCCACAGUUGAAUCAUACUUCAAGAAAGAUCCUACCAUUGCAGCAGGAUUGCUCAGGCUUCAUUUUCACGACUGCUUUGUUCAGGGCUGUGAUGGUUCAGUGUUAAUUGCAGGCCGGUCUUCUGCUGAGAGAAAUGCGUUGCCAAAUCUAGGAUUAAGAGGGUUUGAAGUAAUUGAUGAUGCCAAAUCACAGAUAGAGGCCUCAUGCCCUGGCGUGGUCUCGUGUGCUGAUAUACUAGCAUUGGCUGCUCGUGAUGCUGUGGACUUGAGUGAUGGUCCAAGUUGGUCAGUCUCAACAGGUAGAAGAGAUGGCAGAGUCUCUUUAUCAUCCCAGGUCUCAAAAUAUUUACCUUCUCCUCUAGACUCCAUUGCGGUCCAGAAGCAAAAAUUUGCUGACAAAGGCCUUGACGAUCACGAUCUCGUAACUCUCGUUGGAGCACAUACCCUAGGCCAAACACACUGCCAGUUCAUACGGUAUCGCCUAUAUAAUUUCACAGCAACAGGAAAUGCAGAUCCAACUAUAAACCAAUCAUUCCUAUCACAACUUCGAGCUCUGUGCCCCAACAACGGUGAUGGCACAAUACCAGUUCCAUUAGAUAAAGAUAGCCAGACAGAUUUUGAUACAAGCUUCUUUAAGAACGUACGUGAUGGUAAUGGAGUUUUGGAGUCUGACCAGAGACUUUGGGAUGAUGCUGCAACACGAGAUGUUGUGAAAAAAUAUGCCGGCACCAUAAGAGGACUUUUGGGACAUAGGUUUGACAUUGAGUUCAGGCAAGCCAUGGUUAAAAUGAGUAGCAUUGACGUGAAAACUGGGACAAAUGGAGAGAUUAGAAAAGCUUGUUCAAAGUUCAAUUAAUCAAUCGAAGGAGUGCUGCAACAUAAAAAUCUAUACACGGAAUUACUGUAAUAUAUGUGUACGUGUGUGUGACGAUGGAUUUCUGAAUAAUUAAUCAAGAAAAUAAUUCUAGUUU